AAUCUGUCAGAAGUGAUGAUCCGAGCCAUCAAGCUGGGAAGAACCUGUCUUGUCGAAGAGCUGCUCCGUCAUAAAGUGCCCUUGUUCCCAGCAUAUAUACAUGAGGCUAUCAAGACAAAAGUAAAUGCAAAGGAUAUCCUGGAAAUCUUGUUUGAAAAUGGGUGGGAUAUCAACCAUCCGAUGGGCGCAAUGGAUCCCCCGAUUCUCAGUAAUGCCUUGGAUGAUCCUGAAAUGACAACAUGGCUCCUUGAUCACGGAGCUGAUCCUAACCGUCGAUGCAACAUUGAUUUUACGCCACUGUCCUACGCUGUUGAACACGCCUCUUUGCCAAUCGUCACUCUUCUGCUCAAUCGUGGCGGCGAUGUUACAACAGGGCAGGUUUUGCACCACGCAGUUGUUCGCGACUCCGAUGCAGUGGAGGUCCUGGAGCUCCUCAUUUCUAAGGGCGCACCGAUUAAUGGUAUCAUGUAUCAAGACCAUCAGCCUUCUUGGGACAUGUAUUUCUUUAUGGGAGAAACUCCUCUUCACAAGGCAGUGUUCCUUCGCAAAAUCGAUGUCAUUCAUUAUCUUCUUGGGGAAGGAGCGGAUCUCAAUGUCAAAGAUGCCAGGGGCCGAACGGCUAUACAAUGUGCUGAUGAAGAUAUUCGAAGAGAGAUCACAGGAUGGUCACGAUAA